AUGAAUAUCACAUUUCCAGAAACUUUGACUGAAAUACCUGGUUGGUUCUGUAAGAGGUGUGCAUAUUUAGAGAAUCUUAAAAUUACAAAAAAUAUCGUUUCAAUCGAGGCAUCUUCAUUCAUUGACUGCUACCGAUUAAAAUAUAUUAGCUCUGAAAGCCCAUCUUUCGUUGUAUUUGAAGGCGUUGUUUAUAAUCAAGAUUUUUCUGUUAUGCAUUUUUAUCCAUCCAAUUGUUCAUCGGAAUUGUUGCCAACUGUAAGAUCCAUUAGCAGUGUAAAGGCAUUUAGCGGAGCAGACUUUGAAAAUUUCACUUUAAAGGUCAAAAUUAAAAAUAUAGGAUCUGCAUUGUUCAGAAGAUGUCCAAAUAUUAAGAGAAUUGAUCUCAGAUGUGGACAAUUUAAAGUAUUAUCUUCAAGCUCUUUUACUAGCUGUCCUCUUUUAACUGAAUUAUAUCUACCAGAUACAAUUGAAAAUAUCAAUCCAAAGUCAAUUACUGAUUGUCCCCUAUUAACUACUUUGCAUCUUCCUAUGAAUUUAAAGUAUGUUCAUCAAGAAGGUAUUGUUUAUUCUAAUAUUAGUGAAGUUUACUAUUGCGGAAUCAACGAUGUUGAUGGAAUACUACUUGCAUCUGUUAGAGUUCACGUUACUUCGCAAUAUAUAUUAAAGAAAUUCAUGGGAAGAACUCCAAUUGAUACUAAUUAUCAAUGUGAAUCUUCUGUUUGUGAAUUUAUCUAUCCAGAUGUUUAUAAAUGCAAGAGUAUCGCUUAA